GGCCGGGCGUGGAGAAAGAUCAUAUAUAUAGGAGCCCCCGAGCUGGUUAGACUGGAAAGACAGUUUGAGAUCGAAGUGCACGCGUGUAAUACAUGAUUGGUGCCAUAAAUAUCUGAGCCAAUAUCAAUAAACGAGUAUGUUGCCGUUGCCCGCCCGCCAGGAGGAAUAUUCGAGUGCCUUCUGCGACUGCAGCUUUCCCAACUGCAUCGAGGUGACGAACCACAAGGGACUCAUACCUGAUCUGGUGAAGUGUCGCUGCGGCGAGGAUAUCGAUGGCAAUGUCCACCCUUGGAGGUGGCAUCAAUCCGAAGAGUCGGACGCGCUCAUCAAUGACCGGGACAUUGUGUUCCAUCCCACCUUCAGCCAGGGCACGGCGAUAGUGCGCGGCGAUCGACCCCUAAAACCGGGCAUGGUGCACUUCUGGGAGAUGCGCGUCAUCACAGCGCUGGCCGGAACAGAUGUGAUGUUCGGCAUAGGCACGGAGAACGUUAAUCUGGGGCAAUUCAAGUUUCACUUCGUCUCUGCUUUGGGCACCAAUGCCCAGUCCUGGGGCUUCUCCUACUCGGGCAAGGUGCAGCAUUGUGGCGAGCAGCUGCCCUACGGCCAAAAGUUCUCCCAGGGCUGUCUGAUCGGUGUGCAGCUGGAUCGUACGCGUGGCCAUCUGGAGUUCUAUCUGAAUCGGCGUUCUCUGGGAGUGGCCUACACCAAUGUGCCCAUGGAUCCUGAUGUUCGCAUAUAUCCCAUGGUCUGCUCGACGGCUGCUAAGUCGGUGAUAAGGCUGAUUAAUUGCACAUCCCAGCCGGUCACGCUGCAGUUGCGAUCCUUUCAAGCACUGUCUAAGCAGCCGCAGAUCCUCUCCGAGCUCCGCCAAAUGCCAGGACUGAAGGGCAUCCUGCGCUCGUACUGGUUCCUGGCUCCGCCCGUGCGAUAUUCGCGCAGAUCGCAGGAGAACGAGCUGGAUCUGGGCGAUGAGGCGGUGCUGUCCAGUUCCAAGCUGCGUCUCGGCCGCAAGCACAAGUACAGAGAAACUGACGAUGCAAGCAUUGACGAGGAGGACUUGUACGCCAAUGCCCACAAGAUUCCGCUGCGGCGUAAUGACAGCGGCGAUGAGGAGUGCGGCGCCGGCACUGGUGCCACUUCUGUCCACGAUCUGUGCGACGAAUACUUCCAUUACUUGCUCUAGAAAUAUGUUAGUUAUGCAUUUAUUUAUAGUAAUUAUAUAUGUAUAUGUAUAUAGUA